ACCCUCCCAAGAAGAUGCCACUCCUCCUGCUCCUGAUGGCCUUUCUCCUACCCCCUGGGGCUGGGGCAGGGGAGAUCAUCGGAGGCCAAGAGGCCAGGCCUCAUUCCCACCCCUAUAUGGCAUUUCUCCGAAUCCAGUCUCAACAGGGGCUCAGGGCUUGCGGGGGUUUCCUGGUGAGAAAUGACUUCGUGCUGACGGCAGCCCACUGCUGGGGAAGUAAUAUCACGGUCACCCUGGGGGCCCACAACAUCCGCAGGCAGGAACAGACGCAGCAGCGCACAAGGGCGUGCAGAGCCACCCGCCACCCUGACUAUAAUCCCCAGACCAACAGGAAUGACAUCAUGUUAUUAAAGCUGGCAAAACCAAUGAGACGGACGUCGGCGGUGAGGCCAGUGGCUCUGCCUCGCAGGCGGGCCAGGCCAAACGCAAAUCUGUGUGGGCAACCCAAGGAAGAGGAAGUCCGCCUUCUUGGGGGACUCCGGGGGCCCCCUGGUGUGUAAUGGCGUGGCCCAGGGCAUUGUCUCCUAUGGAGAUAGGAGGGGCAUUCCUCCAACAGUCUUCACCAGGAUUAGGAGCUUCAU